AUGACCAACUUCACCAUGGUGACAGGAUUCCUCUGGAUGGGCUUUUCCAAUACCUCAGAGCUGCAGGUCUUACAUGCCAUGCUCUUCUUACUUAUGUACCUGGUGGCUCUGAUGAUGAACCUGCUCAUUUUCACCAUCAUCUCUCUUGAUGAGCAUCUCCGCUCCCCCAUGUACUUCUUCCUGAAGAACCUUUCCUUUUUAGAUCUUUGCUUUAUUUCUACCACACUCCCUAAAUCUAUCACAAACUUUCUGUGCCGCAGCCGUUCCAUUUCUUUCAUGGGGUGUGUAUUACAGUUCUUUUUAGUAAUUGUCUUUGCAGCAUCUGAGCUUUCUCUCCUUACAAUAAUGUCUUAUGAUCGCUAUGUGGCCAUCUGUCAGCCCCUGCAUUAUGAAGUCAUUAUGACCAGAGGGACUUGUGUGAAGAUGGCAACUGUUUCCUGGCUCAGUGGAGGAUUGUUAGGGGCUCUGUACUCAGGUAGUACAUUCACUUUGCCUUUCUGUAGCUCCAAAGAGAUCAAUCACUUCUUCUGUGAUGUCCCUUCAUUACUUAGGCUCUCCUGCUCUGAUAUACAUAUUGGAGUAGAUGUGACUUUGUCUAUCGGGAUUACUUUUGGGAUUCUCUGCUUUACCUCCAUAGCUAUCUCUUAUGGUCACAUAUUCUCAACUGUGCUGAAGAUUCCAGCCACAGAGGAUCAGUCAAAAGCCUUCUCCACUUGCAUGCCCCAUCUCAUCGUUCUCAUAGUUUUUAUCACAACAGGUGUCAUUCUUUAUCUAAAGCCACGCCAGGAAUCUUACUCAGUUCUAGAUCUGUCAUUAUCUAUAUUCUACACAGUGGUCUCCCCAACCUUGAACCCUGUCAUCUAUAGCCUGAGGAACAAUGAAAUCAAGACUUCUCUGAUGAAACUAACAGCUGGGAAACACUUCUCACAGGGACCAAAUCAGCCAACCAGGGUCAUACUCACCAAUCAUCCGCGGCCACCCAGAAUUACCAGAGAUGAGCCGACCAGGGGCAAGGCCAGGCAGGAAGGCACACGCGAACGAGCAGGAGCAAAAGCCGACCCGCCCCCCAUCCCUGCAGUUCCUUUUAGUACCUUCUUUGUCCCUCCUCCUCAGCCCGCCCAUAGCGACUCGUCGAGAAUCAAAUAUCAAAAGGGGAUGUCCAGCGCUAGCGUCCAGACAAAGGGAGCAUACGUGGCACAGGAAGUGGGACCUAGAUAUCUGGAAGGAGGCGUGAGGGAUCAGUGUAUAGACAAAGGAGAAUUCCCUGCCUCAGGAGCACGCGCUCCGGCCACUGCCCUGUACCCUGCUUCCUCCCCAGCCUGUCACAGCUCCACCCAGCACCACUCCAGUCUCAGGAGCGUGAGCUCCGGUUACCUCUCCGAAUCCAGAUCCCAUCCCAGUACGCCACAACUCCGCCCAGCACCACCUCUGCCUCGGGAGCAAGAGCUCCAGUUACUUCCUAAUACCCAGUUCCCGUACAAUGUUGGCACAACCUCACCUGGCACUAGCUAG